AUGGUGCGACCAUCACCAUCACCAGCACCUGCUUGUAAGCCCCGGUACAUUGAGAUUGCAUGUCCAUCAUCAUCAGCAGCAGCACCGGUAUAUAAUCAACAGCAGCAACCAAUGAUAAUGACCGAACGGUACGAUAGGUUGCCAUCACCACAACCACCACCUAAAUUAACAUACAGAGCGCCUCCUAUAUACCAACCACCUCCACCAGCACCAGCAAAACAAGUAUAUCUGGUGCCACCACCUCCAUCACCACCACCACCACCGCCAGCAAAACAAAUAUAUCUGGUGCCACCAUCUCCACCACCACCACCACCACCGCCAGCAAAACAAGUAUAUCUGGUGCCACCACCACCACCAACGCCACCAGCCAAACCAGUGUACAUAGUACCAGCACCUGUACCGGCACCUGUACCAGUAAUACGUGUGCUUAAACAACGUCAACUACUACCACCACCACAACCAGCAGCUUCUCCACCAUUGAUCAAACAGCAGGAAGUCAUAGUCAUCGAUGAUGAAGAUCAGCAUCAAUCAAGUGAUACCUAUGAAGUCGUUAAUGAUGGUAAUAAAGUACCGGAGCCUGAGCUACCAGAGCCGCCAGAUGUUGUUGUUGAUGGUGAGCAUGGUGAGUUAUCAUGGUAA